UGCAACUCCCACUUCAUCCGUGACUUUGUGCCAUUUUCAACGGCCUCGUCGACGGAAACUUAUAUUAAUCUUCCUCAGAUAUCCAUCUGUUCAUCCUCACAUCCCUCACCAUGCAAAAAUACAUUCUGGCUGCCCUCGCGGCCGCCGGCUCAGCCUACGCUGCUUGCAGUGCUUCGGCAACUCUCACCAUCUCGAACGCCGCCGAUGCUUCGGCCCUGGCGUCCUGCAAGACCUUCACCGGGAACAUCGCCAUCGCAACGGACACGGUCGAUCCGAUCAACAUCCCCAGUGUUAGAACCAUCCGAGGUGACCUGAUCGCCAACAAUGUGAGCACCAUGAACCAGCUGGGCGCGGAUAGCGUGGAAAUCAUCACCGGAACCUUCGGCCUCAACGACGUGCAAACCCUGAGCGUCUUGAGCUUCCCCAAAUUGACUGCCGUCGAAUCCAUCAUCUGGCAGGGCCUGCCGAACUUGAACGGCUUGAACUUCGAUGCGUCCGUCCAGCAAGCGUCCCGCGUGGAUAUUCAGAACACUUUCCUCGCAUCGCUCAAGGGUAUCAACCUGAAGAUGGUGGACGAGCUUUACCUGGCGAACAAUGGCAUGCUACAGGAAGUCGACCUCCAACUCGGCAACGUCUCCCACGCUCUGACCCUCGACAACAACGGAGACCGUCUCCAGGCUUCGUUCCCGAACCUGAUUUGGGCUUACAACUUGACUUUCCGCACUGCUCCUAGUGUCUCCCUCCCUUCGCUGAAAUAUGUGAAUGGAUCCAUGGGCUUCUAUGAGACCGCGGUCUCGGAAAUCUUCGCAGCCAACCUGACUCGCGUGGGAGGAUCUUUCUCGCUCGAGGACAACCCGGAACUGUUCAACCUGUCGUUCCCGCUUCUCCAAACCAUCGACGGUGGCUUCAGGCUCGCUGAGAACCCCAAGGUGGCCGAUCUUACGGGCUUCCCCGCUCUCAAGAACAUCGGUGGUGCCUUCAACGUUAGCGGCGAAUUCGAAUCGGUUGCGCUCCCGUCUCUCGGCGACGUCCGUGGCGCUUUCUACAUCGCCAGCACCGAGGAUAUUAAAUCUGAGUGCGACAAAUAUAAGUCGGUCAACGGUCCCAACAAGAUUAUCAAGGGCAAGUUCACUUGCGAAUCCAAGCCCACCGCGUCGAGCGGCGGCGGCAGCGGCGGCAGCUCUACCGGCUCCGGAUCGGGCACCACCUCGAGCGGCUCUGCGGCCCUGUUGGACGUCUCAUCCACUGCCAUGAUGGGCUGGACGGGUUUCCUCGCCGCCAUGCUCGGAUUGCUCUGAGCGGGUUAGACGCGACGUGGUGAUUAGCAAGAAUUCUUUUUAAUGUCGAAGGUGAAAGCAAAUCCUCUGCGCACCAACGGGAGAUUUGAACCCCAUCUUUCCGCUGGUGGCGGGUGCGGA